GUUUAAUUCAUGCUGAUAAGGUGACUUCCUCUGUUUCACAAAGGAUAAGUAAGAGAGAGAAGUUCAAUACUCAUUAACUUGUACCCUUCAAGAGAGAACUCUAAUGGCGACAUUUUCAAUGGUCUCUAAUGGAGUUGGAGGAGCCAUUAUUAAUCGAACUCCUCUCGCUUCCCUUACUUUUCUCACUGGUUCUAAAAAACCCACCACAACUGUUUCCUUUAAUGCCCCUUUAACUCGUUCUGGGUUACUGCAUUGCUCUUUCUUGGCUCCCUCUUCUUCACUCUCUUCCUCCUUCUCAGGAUUGUCAUUGGGAUUGGACUUGGCAUCAAACAACGGAGUGAGUGUUGAUAGAUGCCGUAGGCUAGUGGUUAGGGCUGGCAAGGCAGCUCUAUGCCAAACUAAGAGGAACCGAUCAAGGAAGUCACUGGCUCGAACACAUGGUUUUCGGAUGCGAAUGAGCACCACUAGUGGAAGGGCUGUGCUAAAGCGUAGACGUGCCAAGGGACGCAAAGUUCUCUGCACCAAGACUAACCCAAGCAGCGGGAAACGAGUCAGUACUUAAAGUAUGAUUGUUGGAGGAUGUAUAUUUUUGUGUUGUAAGCUUAAUUUGAUGUUAAAUUAUUCCCUGUAAACUUUCCGAAUAUGAAGUCUUUUUUGUCUGAGAUCAUCGUCAGAAAAGAGUCUUUUGGUUCAAAAA